AUGUUUGAGAACCACUCUGCAGAAUCACAGCUAACACCAGUAGUUGACAAUUUUCUGGAUCAUUCAAUAAAGCUCACCAAAGGAGACAAUCAAAUCAAUCAUUUUUCCAAAAUUCUUAAAACUCUGACUCCAGGUGAUUUGAAAACCAUUAUUGAGCUGAUCAAGCAUGAUUUAAGAAUGGGAGCUGGGGCAAAACAUCGUAUACUGGAAGGCAUACAUCCAGAUGCAUAUAAUGUUCAUAAGACUUCCAAGGACUUGGAUGGUGUAGUGGACAAACUUGGCCAUUACAAGAACAAAUGUCCAUUUCCUAAAAAAGAAGUGAAUUUAAUAAACACAGCAGUGACUGUGCCUGAUAAUGUUUUUGUUCAGACAGCUCGAGUUAAUGAAGGCGAAAGUCGCCAAAGUUAUGAGAAAAGUCCCCAAAGUUAUGAGAAAAGUCGCCAAAGUUAUGAGAAAGUCGCCAAAGUUAUGAGAAAAGUCGCCAAAGUUAUAAGAAAAGUCGCCAAAGUUAUGAGAAAAAUCGCCAAAGUUAUGAGAAAAGUCGCCAAAGUUAUGAGAAAAAUCGCCAAAGUUAUGAGAAGAAGUCGACAAAGUUAUGAGAAAAAGGCGCCAAAGUAA